AUGUCGAGAAGAUCCGGGAAAAACGCCAACGAAGGUUCCACUUCCUCCAAUUCGACCAACACAAGCACGAUUCGAUGUAAAGUGCACAAUGCCCCUUGUAUGAUGAAUACAUCUCGCACUAGCUUGAAUCCUGGAAGAAUGUUCUACUCUUGUCCAUAUUGGAAGGAUCACAAAAAGAGUUGCCAUUUUUUUCGGAUGGGUUGA